GUCCAUCAUUACUAGCACAAUCCAUUUGUAAAAUAAAAGAUCCGAUAAAGAUACCGCUAUAACAUACAACCAUGGGGAAACCAGAAAGUAUUGGCGUUCAGGUAUUGACAGCCGGAGGUGCUGCGAACCCCGGAAAAAGCGGAAAGGGAAGAGCGCCACGACGGAGGAAUGAAAGCAGGAAUAAGGAAAACACGACGCCCGAUAGAUUAAAUCCGGACGCCACCAUUGGCAACGUAGAUCAGCAAGACGAAGAUGGCAGGAAGAAUUCGCAAUUGUUGCAAACGAAAAUAUCGACGGAAACGUUCUCGUUGGAAUACGAGGAUCCAGAAGCUGAGGUCGACGAUCACGAAACCGAGAGCAACGGUGCCGAUGCUGGCACGGGCGUUGUGAAAAAGACGCCAAAAGAUGGUUUUCCCGAAAACGAAUUGGUGACACCUGUAAAUAUCGAGGAGUUAUACCAAGAGGAAUCUCAAUCGUCAAAGAAGUCAGAUAUUUUUUGGCUCUUUGUUUGCUUUAUUGGUAUUAUGGCAUCCUUCGUGUGUUACGGUUUGAUUCUGGAGUACACCACGAGUGGCGGUCGGAAGCUUCACGAAUUGAGUUUCCUUUUUGUAACCUCGGGAUUAUAUACGCUGACAGCAGCUGCUGGUCGUUAUGUUAGAGGGGAAGAAAAAUCAACUAUUCCUCCGUCGCGGUUUGCCGUCCUUGGUCUCACAAGCAUGGGUUCGACCUUUACGUCCGUUCGAUCGCUUCGUUUUGUUAUCUAUCCGAUUCAGGUGUUGGCAAAAAGUUGCAAACCUGUACCAGUUAUGCUGAUGGGAACUCUCAUGGGCAAGAGAUACCCUCUUAGCAAGUAUAUCAACGUAGUAAUGAUUGUCAUUGGAGUAGCAUUAUUUAUGGGUGGAGGCGACAACAACAAGGGGAAGGACGACGAAGAGAAAUCAACAGGCUCACAGAUGAUUGGUAUCAUUCUCUUGUUCUUUUCUUUGUGUUUCGAUGGUGGCACUGGGGCCUACGAAGACAAGCUCAUGAGUGUCCAUAGUGUGCAGCCCUUUGAUUUGAUGUAUAAUAUUCAACUGGGAAAGACUAUAUUGGCCGGCGUAUCGCUGUUGGUGAGUGAAAACAUUUAAAUGCAAUGCAGUCCUGUUGGUCCUCGGUUUUUGAAUUUCGAAAUUAAAUUGAUCAGAAAGUCUUACUUCUCUCUGGGAAUGUAUCGAUCCAUCAUCUGCGCGUCGUUUUUAGGUUCUGAACCAGUUGCACAUUUUUAUUCAAAUGUGCCAAGAGAUGGGAAUGUUGUUGGUUGCCCUUGGUUUGAGUGGUGCAAUGGGACAGGUGAGUGAGGUUUGAGAAACGAUGAUUUACCAAAAAAAAGUCGUGGAAAAUAUUUGGCGUCAAGUUGAACACAGCUCUAAACCUCAUUCUAUCUUGACGUGGAAUAUGWCUUUGAUCGAUAAUUCAGGUCUUCAUUUUCGUUACCAUUGCGAAAUUUGGCGCUCUUACAUGUAGUAUCAUCGGUUUGUCCAGAAAAAUCACAACGCUUUUGGCAUCAAUCUACUUCUAUGGGCAUCAUUUAAAUGGAAUUCAAGUUAGCGGUCUUGUGAUUUCUGUAACAGCGAUGGUUAUGAACUUUAUGGGAAAGAGCAAAAAAGGAGGGGGCCAUGGGCACAGCGAAGCACAAAAUACGAAAGAACACGACAAGGAACACGAGGAUGAAGAAAUGCAAAAGAUGCUUUCCGAAUAUCAGGAUACAGAUGAGGAAGGUGGAGAUAUCGAACUCCUCGGGAAAUCUCGUCGAUGAUGAUUGUCGUCCAAGYGAUGCCAGCAAUGAUGAGUAGUGGUCUCCAAGCGAUCAACGAUGCUAGUUAAACCAUGCAAUACGAGAUAACGAUCGAUAGUCUUCAGACUUUGUUCACACAUCCUGUGUCAAAUUGGAUUACGAGACCGUGAGCGCCAAUUAGUAAAAAACAAACGACUGUCCUUAAUGGAAUAAUCAAGACUUUUUUGGUGAUAAGAAAGUUUCCAUUGUGCUCAAUAUCAAUAGCUUUAUUGUUAAUCUUAAAUAUAGCGCUGCUCAAACA